UUGGAUUAGGUUAUGCUUCGUAGGCGUUGGAAUAAGUGUUUCUUUUGAGUAAAUCGAAAUUAAUAAAAUCCAACUAAAGGCUAGAGGUGAAGAGAACCGUGGGGAUGGCUCCCAGCGUAUUCAUCGUCCUGUUCUGGCGUCUGUCCGUGCAACUCCUUUACCCGUACGGAUACAUGGACUGUUCGCUGCAGGAAGCUCUGGGUAAUGAGAACCUAAUAUGGAGCAAGGGGGAUCGGAUAGAGGUGCAGCUUUUAAUGCUGAUGCGGGACUCCUUUCGGACCACGAUCGUGCUCGUGAUGAUGAUGGAGAUGCUGGCCUGGCUGGACGCAGCCCUGAAUCUUCCAAUGGCCCUGGCCGCCAGACUUUAGUCUCGGGAGUGAACUCUGUCCCUGUUCAGUUCUCGCACCAUUUCAUUUAGUGCCCCAUCAAAACAACAGUACUCAAAUAAUUUCGUCUUGGGGUAGGACCGCCAUUGUGCCAACGUUCGUCGUCGACGUCGUCGCUGCCCAUUUAAUCAGUAAAUUGUAUUUUUAAAAAUGUUAUUAAACAAUAUUUGCCUUAG